AUGGCGACUGGGUGCAUCAACGUCAUGCGCGGUUUUCUUAAAGAAGACAUGUGUGGCUUAAGAUCAUGGAAGGGGGAGGCCUCAAACAUCGGCCGUGGAGCAAUUGGCUCCUACAUGCUAGAGGAAGUCGAAUAUGCCUGCCUUUAUUGGACUUUCCACGUCGAGGAGGCCAACGUCAACAGUUUAGCAGAUGAUGUUCUUGCAUUCCUGAACGACCAUUUUCUACACUGGGCUGAGGCCCUUGCCUUGAUGAGGCGGACUGUGGAAGCCAUCACUGAUAUUCACCGUCUUUUAGGCACUUUAAGACACCAGGAAAAUGCCAGCCUGUCUGACUUCCUAAUGGACGCUGUCCAAAUCCUCAAGGCCAAUCAAUCAAUCCUAUACAAGGCGCCCCUUCAGCCAUACUCUUCCAUUCUCCUGUUUUCUCCCCAGAACAGCGUCGUCAGGCAGCAGUUCAUCGGAGUAUUGCCCCGGUGGAUAACCCUUUGCCCACGCACAGAAAGCAACUGGGAACUCUUGGCACUCGGUGACCGCAGUAUUGCCAAACUUCGCUUAUGGAGCACCAUCACGAGUGAUUGUUUAAGGGCACUUGAGCCUCCUCCCCCAGAAAACUAUUUCAAUGAUGGCCAUCCAACGGCAAAACCCCUUGAGGGACGCUGGUUUGCUUUCUCAGACGACGCUAGACUCCUAGCGUUUUAUUUGUUUGAGUGUCAGAACGAUGUAGUCACGGCCGUGAUCCGAUGCUACUCUGACUUCGGUGGCUUCCUCUGGGAGUCUGUGGUGCUUGACUCAUACCCUUGUCCAGAAUGCCUCUGGACUUCGUCGGUGGCGUUUUCAGCAGAUCUAACCAUGAUUGCAGCACGGAUCCAGGACAAUGUGACAGCGUGGCGUAUUAGACCCAAUGGGCCUGAACAAGUCUGGAAAUCAUAUAGUCCUGACGGCGCGAUCUCGAUGGCACUAUCACACGAUGGGGCCCUCCUUUUCAUGACCUCGUUGGCUGGCUUCUACGUGUGGAGUACCAACGACUGCUGGUCGCGCUUCUUGGAUGUUGAAGAUAUUGACUGGUUCUGGGGCUCUUUCAAAGCCUCGGCCGACUGGACCGUUUUGGCGUGUGGUGGUGCCGAUCACGUGUAUCUUUGA